AUGAAUCCCCAAAACCGUCCUAUGAAAAGUCAUACAGCACAUCGUCAAUAUCUUCAACGCCUUCGGAAAAAUACUCAACCUCUUUCAAAUGAAGAACUACGAAGAAUGGAAAGAGAUAGGCUAUUGGAACAACGUGCAAUCCGAGAAAGAGAGCAUGACGCACGACUCAAACAAAUGAGAAUGACACGUGACCAAAACCGUGCAACUGCCUUGAAAACGAAAUCUCGAUCUAAGGAUCAAACAUCAUUAGACUUGUUGUUGAACUCCAAACAAGAGAGUAAUAAAUGCUCAAGCACUAAAGUGAAUGAAAGUAAAAAUCCACCAACUCGUAAAACAAAUUUUCAAGUAGUUAUAUGGGUACCACAAUCAAAAGGGCAGAUCGAUAAUGAUUCACAAUCCUCGAAGAUCAAUUCAAACGAUACAGAGGAAUACGAGGACAAUUGGGCAGAAGAAAAUGCUUUGGAUUUGAUCUCGCUACUUGAUAAUAUGGAAGAGACUAUUGCUCUUAAUUAG